UUUUUGGAUGACAGAGCUGUGUAAAGAGAUAAUAAAUGGGAACAGGAGCAUAAUAGCAGGUUUAAUCGGAUCCUUGGAUUGCACUGCUAUAUCUAAGGUAGGAGGCUCGUACUGUGCUAAAGUGGCUGGUUGCACAGUUGGCUUCGCUCCCCAGUCAAUCCAUAUGGCAUCUCACAUACACCAAACUGUGCAAAGAGCAACCUUGUUUUUGGUACCACAGUAACCACCUUAGUGCUCAUUGAUAGCUAAACACACAUCAACCAUGGCCAAGGGAAGGGCUUACUCAGUAUCCUACUUCAUGGAUGCUGCCAAGCCAAGCUAACAUUACAUGUUGGUGUAACUGGCUGUCUGCUCCUCUUCCCAUCUCUCUUGGACGAAGGUUUAAGGAUCUUAAGAAAAGCAAGGGAAGAAAAAGCUACAAGCUUACAUGUUUAUAGGUCCUGCGGUUGUGUUGCGGUAAUCUUCUUCUCGAGUGCCUAGCUUUUUCCUGCCACAUAGUUGUCGCAAGGGGGAAGACAAUGGUUGGGUUAUUUGUGUCGUAGACGAUCGAGGAGUGUUCAGCUAGCAGCGAGAGUCGAAGAUGAAAUCCAUGAACAAUAGCAGCAACUGGCUUGGCUUCUCUCUCUCUCCUCACAAGAACAUGGAAGUUGCUUCGGAGCCGCCACAUCAUCAUCAUCAUCAUGGGAGCCAUCGUCAGCUGAUCACCACGGCUGAUGUUUCUUCUUCUGCAGUCCCAUGCAGCUUCUUUGUAUCUCCCACCACCGGAAUCUGCUAUGGAGGGGAAGGAGAUCAGGCAGCAGGGUUUUAUUGCUCUCAGUUGCCUGUCAUGGAAGCCAUCACAAGAUCACAGCACCAAGGAGCCAUGGCGUCUCCAACCCGGAAGCUCGAAGACUUCUUAGGUGGCAGCGGACCAAACACGGUCCCCCUCCAUCAACACUAUUCCAACUUCGAAAGGGAAGCGAUGGCUUUGAGCUUGGACAGCCUCCACUACUAUCAAAACCCACACCAGAUUCUAGCGCAACAUCACCAGCUGUUCUUGCAACCCUUGCAGGAAGGGAUGUGCUCAGGCAACGGUAUGUAUCAGGGGGGACAGAUCGAGGGAGCCAUGGCAGAAGAAGACGAUGGCCUCCCGAGCCUCAAAAAUUGGGUGGCUGGGAGUUUCAGUGAGGAAGUGGGGAUGGGCACCAGCUCCGUUAAUGGCGCAGCUGGGUUCGGGGAGCUGCAAUCCCUAAGCCUGUCCAUGAGCCCUGGCUCACAGUCAAGCUGUGUCACAGCUCCAACGCUGCCGGUUUCUUCUGCAACUGAUCAGUGCAUGGCCUUUGGUACCAACAAGAAGCUGAGGUCUGUUAAAGGAAGCCAGAAGCAACCAGUUCAUAGGAAGUCCAUCGACACAUUUGGGCAGAGGACAUCACAAUAUAGAGGUGUCACAAGGCAUAGGUGGACCGGGAGAUACGAAGCUCAUCUCUGGGACAACAGCUGCAAGAAAGAAGGUCAGUCAAGAAAAGGAAGACAAGUUUAUCUAGGGGGGUAUGAUACUGAGGACAAAGCUGCGAGAGCUUAUGACUUGGCUGCAUUGAAAUACUGGGGACCAUCAACACACAUUAACUUCCCUUUUGAUGCGCAGUUGGAGAGUUACCAGGAAGAGAUGGAUGAGAUGAAGAGCAUGAGCAGGCAAGAGUAUGUUGCCCACCUAAGAAGAAACAGCAGUGGUUUUUCUCGAGGGGCUUCAAUUUACCGAGGAGUAACAAGGCAUCACCAACAUGGAAGAUGGCAAGCUAGAAUUGGCAGAGUUGCCGGAAACAAGGAUCUUUAUCUGGGAACCUUCAGUACUCAAGAGGAAGCAGCCGAAGCAUAUGAUAUUGCUGCUAUAAAAUUUCGCGGGGUGAAUGCGGUUACUAAUUUUGACAUAACAAGAUACGACGUAGAGAAGAUCAUAGCAAGUAGUACAUUACUGCCAGGGGAGCUUGCAAGGAAGAACAAGGCAACUGAAGCAGCGAAAGAUGUUCACUCGGAGAAGAGUCUACAUGGAGAACCAGCUGAAGUAGGCAGUAUUGCAGGUUCGGGGUGGAAGAUGCUCCUCUAUCACUCCACUGAGGCAGUUCCAUCAGCUGGGCCUCAUGACCAUGAACCCUUGAUGAUCAAUGGAGACUACAGGAGCCCAAUGACAUACAAAUCAGCAAUUCAUGGUGGACUGAUUGGCUCGGAAUCAGGGAAUUCAGUGCGAGAGGCUGACGAUUCUGAGAAGCUAAACAAUGCCCAUCUAUCAAACCACUCAUCCUUGGUCACAAGCUUGGGCAGUUCUAGGGAAGGGAGUCCCGACCGGACCGGUCUCUCCACCAUGUUCGCCUGUGGCCUUGGCACACCCAAGUUCAAUCCCACUCUAAGUUCACUGGUUCCGCCACUGCAACUGAGGCCGACUACUUCUGCAGCCCAAAUGCAUGUUUUUGCUGCAUGGAAUGAUGGUUAGUGCCGUCAUGACUACUAAGCAUGCGAGAAGAAAAGCAUAUUGGCUAAAGUGAAGGGAUGCUUUUCUUUCCUUCUUUCUUUGUUUCAGAUGUUUGUGAGAAAGAUUGAUGAUUCAUGGUCCAUGUGGGAUCGACAUGCCAGUGCUUUCUCUUUCACUUUAGCUUUGAGGACGUCUAAGUGGUGAUUUUUUGCAGAAAGCAGACGUGUGUGAGAUGAUGCUUAGUUUCUCUCCAUUAGUUCGUUAUGAAAAGCAGUUCAAUGGCUUUAAGAAAUGCAGUUUAAUCUUUUGACCAAA